AGCAAUCAGCCACUCGGUGCAUGUCGGCUGGCCACAGGCAGCCCCCACAGGAAAACAGAUGCACAGUUGUCAGAGACAAAAACAGCUGCAGUGGCGGAUGGUGACUGCUAAUUCCAACUGGUACUGAGGAAGAGGAGGCGGUGGACACACAGCCGGCAGACGAAGGUCGACCUGCAUGUGGCAACUGCCGCUGAACAGCGGGCAGAGUCAAUGCAUGCUGUUCUCCAGCGGGAGAGAUCGAUGGCUGGGGGAGUAAGAGGAUGUGGUGAGCAGUAAACUACACAAAUGAAGAGGAUCCAAACCCAGUGAGCUCUAACCCACUGUGAGGAUAAGACAGCUGGAGAACGUGAUGGACCGUGGACAGACACUGAGGUCUCCACACUGCUAAAGUGGAGCAUUUACCAUGCCGCUGACCGAGGAAGUUGAAGUACCACCGAUGGCCCUUUGGUUAGGAGCUGUGUUCGUGUCUCAGCAGACAGCAGACACCGUGCUGCAUCGUAAGCGCAGAUAUAACACUCCUUUUGAAGAAUUUAAACAAGGUAACCUGGAGCGGGAAUGUAUAGAAGAAAUUUGCAGCAUGGAGGAGGCCAGAGAGGUGUUUGAGGAUGAUGAGAAAACUAUGGAGUUCUGGGCAGGCUAUGUCGAUGGUGACCAGUGUAAGCCACCCCCCUGUCAGAAUGGAGGUGUGUGUAAAGAUGGGAUCAACAGUUAUCUUUGCUUGUGCCAACCAAACUUCAGUGGCAAGAACUGUGAGAUCGAAGUGAACAAGCAGUGUUUGGUGAACAAUGGCGAAUGUUCUCAUUUCUGUGUAAUGAAGGCUAAUCAAGCUGUGUGCAGGUGCGCAACUGGUUACAUACUUGGGCCAAACAAGAAGAGCUGUGAGCCAAUAGAGCCAUUCAGCUGUGGUCGUGUGAAUCUGUCCUCCAGCUCUCUCACCAGGUCCAUCCUAGAACCAAGAUCGUCAAACUUCUCCUACAACGAUACCCGAAACGAUUACUUCUAUGAUGAAGAUAUAUCAGAGUAUGAUUAUCUGAACCAUCCCAUGACCGACUCAAACCCGAGCAAUGACUCUCUGGACUCUGAGGCUGUGAUUGGCAGUCGACAUGUGAGAAGUGUCACUGAUACACCAAAAACAAAGACAGAGAUGUUGUCCUGGGGGUAUGCCACACUCCCCAACGUCACGACUCAAGAGAAAACUGACCAAAGAAUUGUGGGAGGAGAUACGGCCAUUCCUGGAGAGAUACCUUGGCAGGUGGCCCUGAUGUUCCGCCCAGACAGCGCGCAGAGAGCGCGGCCCUUCUGUGGAGGAUCCCUGCUCGCUGACUUAUGGGUCAUCACUGCUGCCCAUUGUCUGUGGAACAGCGAUGGCACAGAACAUAAAUUCUUCAUCAGAGUUGGUGAACAUGAUGUGAACCAAGAUGAGGGUCCAGAGCGAGACCAUGAGGUGGUCGAAAGGCAUCCCCACCACAUGUAUAAUUUCAAGACCUCACCAUAUAACCAUGACAUUGCGCUCCUAAAGCUUGGCAGUCCAGUGGACUUGUCCAACAAGCGGCGUCCCAUUUGCCUGGGCCCCAAAGACUUCAUACAGAACAUUCUGAGAGAAUCCACGGUCUCCCUUGUGAGUGGAUGGGGCCGGAUAAGGUUUCAAGGCCCCGAGGCCACCAAGCUCCAGAAGCUGGAAGUCCCCUAUGUGGACCGCACCAAAUGUAAACAGAGCAGCCGAGACCAUAUCACCCGAUUUAUGUUCUGUGCAGGCUUUGAAAGUGAACAGAAGGACUCGUGCCAGGGGGACAGCGGUGGGCCGCAUGCCACCAAUUACAAAGGAACUUGGUUCCUGACAGGCAUCAUCAGCUGGGGAGAGGAGUGUGCCAAAGACGGGAAGUAUGGCGUCUAUACCCGGGUCUCACACUACUACAAAUGGAUCAGUAACGUAACACAGAUCAACAUGGACAAUUAACAGGAUUCAUGACUCAGCUGUAAAAAUAAACAAGUAGCAUGUGUUGAGUUUAGCCCCCGAGGAAGUGAAUGAAGUGAGAAAUCCCCCGUGUUCUUUUUUAGUACCUCAAUAAAACAUAUCAACUUA